UUCAUACAUUUAGCUUUAGCCAGAAUUAGCUACGUUAGGUGUGAAAAUCAAUCACAGAUAUCCCUCUUUCAGCAUUCGUUUUAAUCCAUGAGUUACAGACCGGACAAAGACUUAGUAAACGAAGGUCACGGGGCUUUAGUAUCCAAUAUGUACACUAAACCUUUAUUCCAGUGCAGAGACAUGCUGAAAGGAGAACUAGCGUCAUUUGUGUGAAAUGCUGGCUAGCUUAAUAAAUGCUAGCUAACUAGCAAGGGUCGAGAGGCGAAAGUGGCUACGUUAACAAUUGUUGAGCCUUUCGACACCAUUCACUGGUCUUAAGUUAAUAUACGUGUUCUCGGACGCAUAGAAAAACGUGUUGAUAGGCUUUACGCGCAAAGCUGUGAGUUCAAUUUGAUUAACGUUUAUUUCCUGUCGCUGUUUCAAGUGGCUUCAUUAUAAAGAGAGCAUAAGUCUCUGGAGACGGAGCAAUGGGGGCAUUCCUGGACAAGCCAAAGACACAAAAGCACAACUCUCAUGGGGAGGGAAAUGGCCUACGCUAUGGGCUCAGCUCCAUGCAGGGCUGGAGAGUGGAGAUGGAGGAUGCUCACACAGCUGUUCUGGGACUUCCUUCUCCUAGUAUGAAGGACUGGUCUUUCUUUGCUGUUUACGAUGGCCACGCUGGCUCCAAAGUUGCUAACUACUGUUCCAAACAUCUCCUGGAGCACAUCAUCAGCGCCAGCUUCGGGCUGCAGAGUGAUGGCACUGGCAGUGAGCCUACUGUGGUGGUGCCGCCCUCAAUAGAAGCUGUAAAGGCAGGAAUCAGGACUGGCUUCUUGAAGAUUGAUGAACAUAUGAGGAGUUUUUCUGAUCUGAGAAAUGGUAUGGACCGCAGUGGCUCCACAGCUGUGGGCAUCCUCAUCUCACCAGAUCAUUUCUUUUUUUUAAAUUGUGGAGAUUCACGUGCUGUUCUUUAUCGCAACUCUAAUGUGUGCUUUUCAACGCUUGACCACAAGCCUGGUAACCCUCGAGAAAAAGAGCGCAUCCAGAAUGCAGGGGGUACAGUUAUGAUCCAGAGGGUGAACGGGUCAUUGGCAGUGUCCAGAGCUUUGGGGGACUAUGACUAUAAGAAUGUGGAUGGCAAGGGCCCCACAGAGCAGCUGGUCAGCCCUGAACCAGAAGUAUUUGAAAUGGUGCGUGCCCCAGAACAGGACCAGUUUGUGAUCUUGGCAUGUGAUGGCAUCUGGGAUGUCAUGUCCAACGAAGACCUAUGUGUUUUUGUAAAAUCCAGACUUGAGGUGACCAGUGAUUUGGAACGAGUGUGCAAUGAAGUGGUGGAUACUUGUCUUCACAUGGGAAGUCGAGAUAAUAUGAGUGUGGUGCUGGUAUGUUUGACAAAUGCCCCUAAAGUCUCCGAAGAAGCUGUGAGGAAAGAUGCUGAACUCAACAAGUACCUGGAGUCUCAAGUUGAAGAGAUGAUGUCCCAGCCUGGUGAGGAUGGCUAUCCUGACUUGGCAACCGUGAUGAGGAACCUUUCUACUGACAACAACAUGCCGCCUCUACCGCCAGGAGGAGGCCUCGCCAGCAAGCACGGUGUUAUUGAAGCAGUAUACAACAGUAUGAACCCAUACAGGGAGGAAGAUGGGAUGGGAGGUGAUAUGGACUACCAGUGGUAGCUGUCCAGCAGACCCGCCCAAUUUUACCAAAAAUAGGACCAUUUUUCAAUUCAAGAUCACAUCUGUCAACUCGAGGUUUUUCAACUAUACAUGGUGACAUCUAAGGAGUACACAAUGAUUUUAAAUUGUGUGAUUUAAAAAUAUGAAAAUCAAUUGUCUUUGAAAAUAAAAGCUACAGGAACAUCAGAUGUGAAGCACAAUUUGAGCUGUUAGCAGCCCUGCUCCACACAAAUGCUUAUCCUAAGGUGCCUUGUUCAAAGAUGGGAGCACAUUUAAACUCAUUUGUCCAGCUCACAAUGAACCAAACGUCACUGCUGAAUACUGAAGACACUGAACUGUUGAAUUGCACAUGGCACACAUGACAACUUCAACAUUGCUAGAAUGCUAUCAUUCCAGUCCAGUUAUUGGUACAUGAGAGGGUAAUAAGCUGCCCUUCUGACUAGAAAUUGCCAUUUUAAAGCUUCCAAUAUCCAUAUACUUUAUACUAAUACUUACUCAAUAUCUUGUUAGCUAGAACAUCAACACAGUUCCUAUUCAAGUGAGUUGUGUCCAUUGCACGUUUCUCAACUCUUACUCAAGAACCUUACAAUUGUUCUUUUCCUUCUAAGUGCUAUAGCCAUGUGCAUCAGCUCGCCAGAAUCCUAAGCUUUUGAAGCUGCUGAUAUUGUAGACAAAGAGAAAU